CAGGCCGUUUUAUCAACAUAUCUUAGCGUGAUCUUACGUAAGAUUCGUAGGAUUUUGUCGUACGCUUAUCGUAAGUACUGCGAACCGUUUUAUCAAAGAAAUCGCAGCUAAGAUGUCGUAAGAUUUGUGCUGAAAGCUACGACUGGGUAAGACCACUCUUAGUGUUCGUAAAUUGUACUAAACAUGGCCGCCGCACGCGCUUUAGACGAUGGUUAACCAAGAGAGAUGGGACCACUCUUAGCGUUCUUAUUAUGGCGGCCAUAGGAGCGUUAGACGUCGCGCGACCGAGAGAAAGGAGGCUGUUUCGACAAAGAAAGGGGUUCAGUGAUCUUAGAGACGCUAAAAUAUUGAGUCGCUAUCGAUUAGAUCGACAAUCCAUUUAUCGGCUUGUCGAUUUGUUAAGGGACGAUCUACAAAAACCGACGAGAAGAUCGAAGUCCAUACCUGUCCUAACGCAGGUGCUUGUGAGUCUAAGGUACUUGGCGAAAGGUGAUUUUCUGUCUGAGGUUGCUGACCUUCAUGGAAUUAGCAGGUCCAAUGCAUGCAAUAUUAUUGCAGCCUUUGUUGAAGCUGUCAAUUUAAGAAUUGAUAAUGUAAAGUUUCCAACUGGAAUGGCACUUGCUUCUGUCAAACAAGGAUUUUUUCAAAAAUGUGGCAUUCCAAAUACAAUUGGUGCAAUUGAUGGAACACUCAUUCUAAUAAUUGCCCCAGCAGCAAAUGAAGCCAUUUAUGUGUGUCGUAAAGGCUUCCAUGCCAUUAACGUCCAAGCAGUUGUGGACAACAAGGCCAGGUUCAUUGACAUUGUGUCGAAAUGGCCUGGGUCUACGCAUGAUGCCUCUGCCUUUGACAGCUGUGGUUUGAAGGUCAUCGUCGGAUACCCACGUUCGACCCAUUCCGCUACUCUCCAUUUAUCGAAUGCUGGAGAGUAACGGAAUGAAUUAGUCGUGGGUAUCCGACGAUGGUUGAAGGUAUGAACAUAUAUAUAUAUAUAUAUCUAGUAUGUGCUUUCAUGGAAAUAGUAUAUGCAUACACUUUAAAGAACUAAAGGCUAGGAAAAACUGAAAUGCUUCUGGAAUGAUGAUGCAAUUUUUCUUUUUUAAUGAAUGAACUUUAAUUAAUAAAAUAUAUUGUGUUAUAAGUUUAAUUUUCAUUACUUGAAUAACAUGAUCAUGGCUUUCAAAACAGAGUAGUUUGAACUAUAUUACUUUAUAUCUGUAAAAACUGUAUCAACACAUAACACAUGUUUAUUUUAUGCUUUCCGGUGGUUUAUAGAGAAAUAUCAGUGAAUUAAAACUGAUAAUUUCACUGUUUCAAACAGUGAAAAUUAUCAGUGAAAAUUAUCGACAAUUUUCACUGUUUACUUUGAAAUGACGUCAUUUUUUUGACGAAAUGACGUCAUUAUCCCAGCGAAAUUCUUUAGUUAAACUCUUAAACACUGUAUCAAUAGGGAUAUCUGCUAGUCAUGAAUGAUGUACCUAUGAAGUGUUAUGAUCCUAGGCCUAAUUAUUCUUUAAUUAUCUUUCAGAAACCAUUUAACUGUUUCGAGGCAAUAUGACCUUUACCAUUGACAUAGUGACCUGAAAAUUAAUAGGGGUCAUCUGCCAGUCAUGAUCAAUGUACCUUUGAAGUUUCAUGAUCUUAGGCCUAAGCAUUAUUGAGUUAUCAUCCGGAAACCAUUUUACUGUUUCGAGUCACUGUGACCUUUACCUUUGAGCUAGUGACCUAUAAAUCAAUAGGGUCAUCUGCCAGUCAUGACAAAUCUCCUAUGAAGUUUCAUGAUCCUAGGCCGAAGCGUUCUUGAGUUAUCAUCUAGAAACCAUAUUGUGAGCAGACCGACCGACAGACAGAAAUGAGCAAAACAAUAUACCCCCUCUUCUUCGAAGGGGGGCAUAAAUAUUUAAUUUGUAUGGAACUUACAUCUUUCUUCUCUUACAAGGCUGUUCAGAUUUGGCCUCACACGGGCUGUUUGGCGCAUCUUCCUAUAAUGUUUAUAUAUGAAUGAUUAUGACUUGUUAUAUAACAUAAGUAAUCCAAUAUGUUAGUUUAGGUCAUAAAUAUGCGUAAACUUAUUUCUAAUUUUACAAGUAAGAAACCAAUAACUUUUAUGUCAUAUAUGCAAACAUGUACAUUCAAUGACAAAGAUAUUUUGAUGGAGCCUAUUUAUUACAAUCAUAACUGCAAUUAAGUAACUUAAACUUUAACGAACUUUAUGCCGCAUAAUUAAUUUGUUAUUAUGACACACAUUGUUAGACCUUUUAUAUUUUAUUUGCUUAGUAACAUUGACACUCCUACAAUAAUAAAUGUGCCAUAAGUA